AUGCUGGCCACGUCGGCAAUCCGCUCUGCUCCAUUGAGGACAGCUGCACGAACCGUUGUCCGCAGAACAACCACUCGUGCUGCCUCCUCGAGCUCUUCCGAAGCGUCUUCUUCACCCUUCUACAUCACAGCAGGUGCCUCGGCCGCAACAGCAGCUACUGUUGGCUCCAUCGCAUGGUACUACCAUCUCUUCGGUCAAGAUGCCUAUGCAAUGACACCCGCCGAAGAAGGACUGCAUCCGACACAAUACCCGUGGGAGCACACAAAAUGGAACAAGACUUUCGACCAUGCAGCCUUGCGAAGAGGAUUUCAAGUCUAUCAAGAAGUUUGCGCUGCUUGCCACUCGCUCAAGCGUAUUCCCUAUCGAUCCCUCGUCGGCACGUUUAUGACCGUCGAUGAAGCCAAGGCACUAGCUGAGGAGAAUGAAUACGACACGGAGCCCAACGAUGAAGGUGAAAUCGAAAAGCGACCCGGAAAGUUGUCAGACUACCUUCCGUCACCAUACAAGAACGACGAAGCCGCGCGUGCUGCCAACAACGGUGCUCUUCCUCCGGAUCUAUCGUUGAUUGUCAAGGCUCGACAUGGUGGCUGUAACUAUAUCUUCAGCUUGUUGACUGGUUAUCCAGAGGAGCCGCCAGCAGGUGCCACGGUUCAAUCUGGCCUGAACUUCAACCCAUAUUUCCCAGGUACCGGCAUUGCCAUGGCUCGUGUCUUGUAUGAUGGACUUGUUGAAUAUCCCGAUGGCACACCCGCAACUACUUCGCAGAUGGCCAAAGACGUGGUUGAAUUCUUGAACUGGACCGCCGAACCCGAAAUGGACGAUCGCAAGAAGAUGGGUAUGAAGGUUAUGAUCAUUGGAGUUGCUCUGUUGGCAAUAAGUGGAUGGGUGAAACGAUACAAGUGGUCCCCGAUCAAGACCCGAAAGCUCGUCUAUAACCCACCAUUGGAGGGCCGAGGCAGACGGUAA